AUGAUUCCGCGAGACCAACGCCGCCGGAGCCCCGAGAGGGAGCGCCGCCGACGCGCUGACCGCCGCCAGUCCAGAGAACAGCUCGCCGCUGCCGCCCUCGCCGCCGCCGCCGUCGGCCAAACUGCUGCCAAAACUGCCGGCCCCUCCUCCACCCACCGAUCCCGCGCCAACUCCAGCACUUCCUCUUCCGCCGUCACCUCCUCCGACGAAGCCAGCGCCCCCAAAAACACGGGAUGGGGCUUCCGCUCCUUCUUUUCCUUGGCAUCCUCCAAGAAAGUGCGGAAGCGCCGAUCUUUUCGAAAGAAGAACUACUCCUCGUCCUCCAUCGACAGCAACCUGGCCUAUGGCGGGUACCAAUCCAGGUCGUCCCUCGAGUCGCAAAGAGGCGCCAGGAGAAGGAGCGGACCCCAGAGGAAGAUUAGCCAGACCUAUUCCCAACACUCCCACCACGACAAGGAGUAUCAACAACACAACCAGGAUCAGUACAGGGAUCAUCCACAGUACGAGCAGCCUCAGCAUGAAUACCAGCGCCCAGAAUAUGUGCCCCAGGACCAGUAUGCGCACUCGGACCAGACCACACCACGACCAGGCCAACCCACACAGCACCCACAUGCGCAGCCCGAGCCAUAUUAUCGACACCAGCAUCAGCAAUACCACCAGCAGCAAUCUCAUGCUUAUCAGCACCCUGCGCAGCACUACCAUGGCCAGCCCGAAUAUGAUCCAGAGCUCUUUACGCCCGAUGGCCGACCUAACUUGGCGCGAACAACGACCGACGAAGAGAUUAUCGAACUUGGGCGCAAGAUCUCUGACCUUGCUAGGGCCUCCAACCUCCGUGACCUGGAAAGGGCAGGCAAGCAACGUCCAUCCCAGCUGGUAGGUGCCGCAACCGCCAUCUCCAACUUCCGUCGCCAGAAUCCGAAGAGGAAUGGACGUCGCGGUCUUGCUCCUUCCAAGUCCUCCAAGCGCGAUGAGCAGAGUGACGAUGAUCAGGGAUGGGAUACGGCUUCGGACUCGGACUCGGACUCGGACUCGGGUGACAACGCGGAAGAGGCCAGCGCUAGUGACUCUGACCUUGCCUAUGGUUCAUCACCUCAAUACUCGGACGAGAAGCUGUCUUCUUCCCCGGCCCCGGCUCCCGCGCCACCACCACCGACCAUCAGCCCCCAGAAACCCUAUAUCAGGAACAAGGCCAUCGAUCCCUCCAAGUUUGGUCCCGUCAACUCCUUGCACGGUCUUGUGACUCCCCUGAAUGGGUUCCGACCGACUGAAGAUGUGCUUCCACCCCGUCAGUCAAAGCCCUGGCUUAGCAGAUUCGAGAACGAUCCUCUUCCGAAUUACCCUACCCCGACAGACGAACUCGAUACACCGACGCAGAUGCACUACCCGAUCGCUACCCCGGAUCCCCGCAGAUUCGAUGCUGUCACCAGUCCAACUCUGGUAUCCGGCUCACCUCUGAUCAUAUCACGACCCGUUACUGUUGCCAUCCAGGCCCCCAAGCCCCGUGUUCCGGUCUCGACACGCGCUUUGGAGGAACACCCCAUGCCGCGCCAGAGAUCCGCCGAUGGGAGGCUUAUGACGGCCGACUCUGCCUUGGCCAAGUCCAUUGGGAAUGCAGCUGGUAAACAUGAAGUAAUCCGAGAUGAUACGCCACCUUCCAACUACCGACAACAUCGCUCGCGUGCUCAGAGCAAUGGAUCUGCUCAUCCGUCUCACACUUCUCACCACUCUCACGCCCAGUCGCAUACUUCUCGUACUUCUCACACUUCUCACGUUCCAGUCCAUGUCCAAGUACCGCUUCCCACGACCCAUGACCUCGAGUUCGACGAUUGGCAUGACUUUGAAGACCGCAACACCCACCUAGCCUCCGAUGUCCCCCAGUUUACCGACCCAGCAGCUGCCGGCGUCGCCGCAACCCUCAUCGGAACUGCCCUUUUCCAGGACCGAUACCGACGAGAUGACGAGGAGGAUCGCAACCUGGACCCCAACCACGUUCUGGCCGAGUACAAGCAACGUGUACAGCAGGAGGAAGAGCAGCGCCGGAAAGCCGAGGAGGCUGAGAAGGAGCGUCUUGAGAAGGAACGCCAAGAGCGGGAGGCCCGUGCUGCCGCCGCCAUCAAGCGGGAGCGUGAAGCGCGUGAGGCUCAGGAGGCUGCUGAGCGGGAGGCCCGCGAGAAGAAGGAGGCAGAGGAGCGUGCCGCUGCUGUUGCUCUUGAACUUGUCGCGCAGAGGCAACGUGAAGAGCGAGAAGCGCGUGAGGCCCUUGAGAAGAUGGAGAGGGAGGCUGAAGAACGCGCUGCUGCUGCCGCUGCCGCUCAACGGGAACUUGAAGCUCUUGAGAAGGCUCGCCGCGAAGCUCACGAACGCGAAGUUCAGGAGGCCAUUGAGAAGGCCCGCCGCGAAGCUCAGGAACGCGAAGUUCAGGAAGCCAUUGACAAGGCCCGCCGUGAAGCGUUGGAACGCGACGCAGCUGCUGCUGAGCGGGAGCGUCAAGAGCGCGAGCACCUCGAGAAAGUCCGUCGUGAGGCGGAGGAUCUUGCUAUUGCUGCCCGGCGAGAGCUCGAGACCCGCGAAACUGCGCUUGAGGCUGUCGCCAAGGAAGCUAGGCGCCUCCGUGACGAAGCCGAUUACCGUGAGCAGUACGAACGUCGUGUCCGAGAGGCUCGUGAAAUGCAGUACAAGGAGGAGCGCCGGAUGUAUGAUGCUCGAUAUCGUGCUGAUCGGGAGAACAUGAUUAUCGAUGUUGAGCCUAGGCGCCGCAGCACUAGCCGGCAGACGAGGGAUGAGUCGCCCGAGGAAAAGCGCUCCAAUGCAGGUAAGGAGACGGAACGAGAGGAGCAUCACCGUCCCAAGCGUGAACCUGUUACCAUCAUCAACGAGCGCGACGUUCCGAAAGACGAGCCCAAGCCCAAGGUCGAAAAGCCCACCCGAUCCGUCUCGGAGAAGAAGCGAGAGAGUAUGGGCGACACUCUGGACCCGAAGCCCAAGAAGCCCAGCAAGGAAGAGAGACGUGCUAAGCGCGCCGAAACUCUCCGACUCCUCGCCGAAAUGCAAAAGGAACUCGAACUCGAAAAGGAACGAGCAAGGAAGUUGGCCGAGCUUGAAGCUGCCGAGCAACGGCAAGAGAAGCCCAAGGACGAGGAACCUCGCAAGUCCAGCCAACCAAUUGUGCCAGAGCUUUCGAAAUCCCCCAAGGACCAGGUUAGUCACGACUCCAAGGCAGUGCCAGCUCCAGGACCAUCCCCCUCGAAGUCUCCCAAAGGCGUAAUUGACCCAUUUCAAUUUCAGGUUCCGGAUGAUGCUUUCGCUACGCCGGUUCAUGCUACCCCGGCUAGGCCACUAACUCCCCAGGUCUACACGGUUCCCGAGCCUGAUUUCUCGCCUCCAAAGCGCCGUCAACUAACCCGUGCACUAACCGAUGCGGAACUUGAAAUUCGUGAGAGGGUAACUCGUCGUGACUCGUUCGAGAUCCAGCAGCGUCAAGAAGAGAUCCGCAGGAGCAGGAACACAUCGGAGCAGCCAAUGACCAAAGAUGCCGACAAAGCGAUCAUUCCCGAGACCACUGGAAAGGAGACGUUGAUGGCAGAGGAGCCUGAACGUGAGCGGAGCCGAAGCCAUGACCGUGCGGGAAGCCGUGUUCGCGAAUCCGAGCCACUACGCGACACGACCGAAGAGCCUGAGCGUGCUCGUAGCUGGAGCCGUCAAUCUAGUCACGUUCGUGAACCGGAACCAACACCAGAUCCGCAGAGUGAAGCCAACAAGUGGUAUCGCGACUACGUUUCCAGCCGGCGGGAGGAACGCUUGCGCAGCAGCUCGCCUAGCCGAUCAGUUGUGGAUAAGUAUGACGAUUCAGUCUUUGGACCGCCGACACCUGUCAUCGUCACAGCGGAACCAACGAUCAUCACGGCCGAACCUAGUUGGGCCACAGCUGAGCCUGCCGAUGAUGGAAAACCCAAGAAGGGCAAGUACGCCGAGCCCGAUGCCGAUGUGAGGAUCGAUCAUGUCAUCUUGCCACGAGACUUGCACAGGUUCCUCAAGCCGGCGGAUGAUCAUUCCAGCCUUCAUGCGCCCGCUGGUCAGCCAAUGUUUAGUUCGAGAGAUCCAUCGUGUGAGAGGGAGAGGCCCUUGCUGAAUCUAGUGCUACCCACGCCGGCGCCGACUCCUACUCCUGAACGUGAACGCAGAGAGCGCGCAAGACAAGCUGCUCGCGAGUCCGAGGUGGAGCAUGAGGAAUCCAGGCUAGCUCCCGUUGCUGCCGAGGAAUCGAAGAAGCCGAACUACAUCCUCAACGCCCGCGGUGAAAUCGAAAUCAUCGCCCCAACCCCCAAGGAUGAAGACACGGAGUCUGUCAAGUCAGAUGGGUGGGUGGAGCCCGUGGCUGAUACCGGGUUGACGCAUGUUGUUGUGGACAGGUCGAGACAAGCGGCCGUGGAAGCAAUCAAGCGCGCCCUACAGCCUAAGAGGGAAAGAAAGGCGAGCAUUACUUGGGGAACGCUUGCUGGUGCGGUGCUUCAGAAGGUCGCUGAGGAUAGGAAGGCUGCCGCUGAGCAGAAGACCGAGAUCGCGGCUGCGGAGGAGAAGAGCCUUGCUCCCGAAGUUGAGGAAAAGGUUGAGGUUCUUCCGGCUCCGGUUGUUGAGGUUCCAAUCGUUGAAGAGAAGCAGCCUGAAGAACAGAAGUUGCGGGAGAUCGAGCCCGAGACAAAGCCGGCUGACGUUGCUGCACCAACAAAGACCGAGGUGCAGCCGGACGUUGAACUACCCCGCCAAUCCCCGCAUCCCGAUCCGGAGCCGCAUCUGGAGCCGCACCAUGAGGCGACCCCAGUUCCCGCCAUUGCUAUUCAUGAACCGGAGAGUCCGAAAGCGACUGAAGAGCCCAAGGAUGAAGAGGCUAAAGAGGAGCUCAAGGAGGAGGAGGAGCUGAGUGCGCUUCCCGAGGGAGAAUCCCAUGAAGAGAAAGAAGAUGAGGCUACGCGUCAGGUGAGAAUUGACCAUGAUCAUAGCGGACGAUUGCGGAGGCUAACUCAGUUACAGAUUGUCGAUGAGGCCACAAGUAGCCCCAUUAAACCCAAGCGCAAGCUCCCGAAAAGCCUCGCAGAACCAUCAAUCUUCUCUCCUUACCGUCCCACCUUCUCCGAUAACUUCGCCGAUGUGGUUUGCGGCGAACACCCCAACCCCGAACCUCAUGCCGACACCUAUACAUGGCGUCGUGAGGCCAUGGCAACUCAAUCCUCCAUAGGCGACGAGUGGGAGUCCAUUCUGCGAAAAGCGGAAAUUGAAAAGGACGAAACCACGACGAACCCAACGGGGACAUUUAACCCGGACAACCGCGAGCCGCCAGAUCGAUUGGGAAAGGAGUUUUCGUUCGAGGUUGUGGAACACGAGAACUCACAGACCUAUCCCUCGGAUGGAAAUGCGAGGGAAAGUGAGAAGGCUAGUACCGAGCAGAAUGGUGUUUCAGACCGCCGACCCAGCAAUGAGUUUAUCGAAUUUUUGAAGAAUCAGACCAAUGGCUCGACAUCGGACCGCAAGCAUGAGCACAUCAUUGCCACCACCGAGAUGAACGGCAACAGCGAGGAUGAGUAUUUUUUAGGUAAUGCCGGCACCCAUGGCGCAGGUGCCGGCUCGGCAGAGGAUUCUGAGGCUGCGACCGCUUCUGACAGCAAAGACGCGGAGGCCCAGAAUCUCCCUCGCCCAAAUGCCACCCAGGCCUCCAUGGAUAGUACACCCAUCGCUGAGUCUAAGGAGGAGGAUGAGGAGGAGAAAUUACACGGCAGCAAUGCCGGUUCGGACAGUGCCCCCGAGCCGACCCAGCUGCGACACACGGAUUCUCGGUUUAUCGACCCUGAAGUCCUUGUCCACAGACCAUUUACCCCAGCCAUCGACCCUCAAUAUGGCGAUCUUCUUCCUUUGCCUCCUUACCCUACUCUCACGGGACCUGGGUACCGCUACCUUGCAGACUUGCCCUCGCCGCUUGACUUUGAUCUCGAACAGCUUCCAGCACUACCGGAAAGCAGACCCUCUACGCCACCACCUACGUCUGGCUCUCCAGGCAACGCAUUCAAAACCGCCGUAGCAGCAAUGAUGGGCACCCAAUCCCUGAUCAGGAGACAGAGGGGUCACACUCGUAGCCGUAGUGCGCUGGAUGGGACCGCCCCAGUGAGAGUACCAAGCCAGACCGCCGUCCCUAUCCAGUUCCGUCUGAAGGGGAAAAAGAGGGCAGGGUCAGAGCAUUCACUUCCACCUUCUGAGGCCUGGGGGCCGUCAUCCGCUUCAAGGCCAUCUAGUGCCCAUGGUGACGCCGCUGCUGCUUCCGAUGGGACGUUCCCGGCCAGGAGCAGGCCAAGACCAACCAGUUGGGAGGGUUCGAUGAGGGAUAUUAAGCCUUUGUAUCUUGUUGAGCGAAACGCUGCUACUGCUGCUGCUGCUGCUGUGUUGGCGCCGACUGUGGAUACCGAGGAGGCUCUUCCUCCCCCGGAGAGCUUCGAGUUGCCGGAGGAUGAUGAUUUGGAUUUGUUGCCUGCUUUGCCGGAGAGUGCGCCUGAGAGUGAUGCUGGCUCGCCUGUUGUUGCGCCCCAGAUUGAGAGUCUUGAAAAGGAUGUGCCAAGUGAGGCGGUUCUUCCUGCUCUGGAAGCUGCUCUCACUCCAGAGACUGUCCGACUUCCGGUUGUCGAGGACUUGGAUCUCCUCCCGGCUCUUCCUGAGAGUGAUGCCGGUUCACCUAUCGUCACCCCCGUGAAUCUGUCAACCGAUCUACCAGUCGAUGAGGAUCUCAAGCAGGCCGAAGUCCCCAGCCCGGCUUCUACUGAUAGGGCUCUUCCUGCUCCUGAGACUGUCGAGCUCCCCGUUGACGAGGAUCUGGAUCUGUUGCCGGCUUUGCCUGAGUCCCCAACAGCCGAGUCUGCCGUGCCUGUUUCCUUGCCGGCGGUUGCUCCAGAGGUUGUUGAGGAGGUUCCGGCUGCUGAGAUUCCUCAGGUUAUUGAGGCUUCCAAGGAGUUUGGGAUUCCUGCUCCUGAGACUGUCGAGCUCCCGGUUGAUGAAGACCUGGAUCUCCUUCCAGCACUGCCGGAGAGUGGCCUUUCUUCGCCUACUCUUCGUGAACCUGCAUCACCUGUUUCCGUUGGUAAGGACGACGCUCUCUCAACUCCAGUUGAGGACAUUCUCCCUGUCCCGAGGAGUGUCAACCUUCCAGAGGACAUCAAACUCCCCGCUGAUGAGGAUUUGGACCUCCUUCCCGCAUUGCCUGAUAGCGUUGCUUCGUCUCCUACUACUGAGUCUGUGCCCGUCUCUUUGCCGAUCUCGGCUCCAGAGGUUGCUCAGGACAUGGAGGAGAUGCCGAAGGCCGUUGAAGUACCAACUACCCUGUCUCCGGAGGCUGUUAGACUUCCUGUCGAUGAGGAUCUUGAUCUUCUGCCUGCCCUUCCGGACAGUCUUGCUACUUCCCCAACAACCGAGACUAUGCCAUCCCAGCUUUUCGUGGAGGAAGUAGUCGAGGAGACGUCGAAGGCCGUUGAGCGUGAGGUUCCAGUUCCGGAAAACAUCAAGCUACCGGUCGAUGAGGAUCUUGAUCUCCUCCCAGCUCUGCCAGACAGCAUCGCUACCUCUCCGACGACCGAGACCACACCGUCUUUGCCUAUCUUGGCCUCUGAAGAAGCUACAGAUGCGCCGAAGGAAAUUGAGGUCGCUCCUGAAACUGUCACACUCCCUGCUGACGAGGAUCUCGAUCUCCUCCCGGCUUUACCUGAAAGUGGCAAUACUUUCCCGGAAAGAAGCACUUCGCCCGUCCUCCUCGAGAAGGCCGCCUCACCUGUCAUUAUUCCUGAGCCCGAGACAGUAGCGCUUCCGGUUGAUGAGGACUUGGACCUGCUUCCUGCGCUGCCUGAGAGUGUGCCGGCUUCACCUACUAAAGAGCAUGCUUCUCUCGCUACCUCGCCUGUCGUUGCUCCUGCCGUUGAGAAGGAGGUCGAUAACGAGGUUGAGCUUGUUUCGGAAGUUAGCCGUGGGUUGGAGGUGCUUGAGCCGGAGACUAUCUCGUUGCCUGUUGAUGAAGACUUGGAUUUGCUGCCUGCUCUUCCUGAGAGCGGACCUGCUUCGCCUUCUAAGGAACAUGCUUCCCUUACCACUUCUCCUGUCGCUGGCCCUACGCUUCUCGAGGAGAUCGAGGCUGAAGUUGAACUCGUUCCCGCGGUUGACGACGAGGUCGCUAAAGGAACGGUGCCUAUGCCUAAGCCUGAGCCUGAGGCUGUCUCAUUGCCCGUGGACGAAGAUUUGGACCUCUUGCCUGCUCUUCCUGAGAGCGGGCCUGCCUCGCCAGCAUUGGAGCGAUCCGCUUCCCCAGCGGUGCCCGUACUCGAGAAGGAGGAGGCUGUUCCUGAGGCCAUCUCGGAGGUUGUCUGUGAAAUUGUCCCUGAGCCUGAGAAUGUAGCACUUCCUGUGGACCAAGACUUGGAUUUGCUGCCUGCUCUUCCUGAGAGUGGACCUGCCUCGCCUAUCAAGCAACAUGCUUCGCUUGCUACUUCGCCAGUCAUCGAAGCGGUCGUUGAGAAGGAACCGGUUGUUGAAGAGGUGUCUGGAGUUGUCCCUGAACUUUUGCCUCUUCCCGAGGAUCAAGAUUUGGAUCUCCUUCCGGCGCUGCCUGAAAGUAGUCCGGCUUCGCCUAGAAAGGAGCAUGCUUCGCUUACUAUUUCGCCAAUUAUUGAAGCGGUUAUUGAGAAGGGACCUUCCGUUGAGGUUAUCACUGAACUUCUGCCUCUUCCGGAUGACGAGGACUUGGAUCUCCUACCUGCUCUUCCGGAGAGUGGUCCCGUCUCACCUACCAAGGAGUACGACUCUCUCGCUACCUCGCCAAUUACUGAAGCGGUUAUUGAGAAGGAACCCUUCGUUGAAGUUGUCCCUGAACUUCUGCCACUCCCGACCGACCAAGAUCUGGACCUCCUCCCCGCUUUGCCUGAAAGUGGUCCCAGCUCUCCUGUCCAAGAAGAGUUCGCGGCACCAGUGGCCCAGCCGACGGAUAUCUCAGUCGACACAGAGGUUGAACAGCCUUCCAAGGACACGGAGGAUGUUUUGUCAAUCACUAUCCCCGAGCCUGAGUCCGUACCACUUCCAGCUGAGUCCGAUGACGGUCUUUGGGCUUUGCCUUCACUGCCUCAAAGUCGCGCUGGUUCGGGAUACGCCUCGCCUGUCACUGCUAAUAUCCCGACCGAAGUGGUCCCAUCACCCGUUAAGGCUAUCGAGGAAACAUCCGAGCUACCCGUUUCCGUCAAUCCUGAGUCUGUCCGCCUACCAUCUGACGACGGUCUUUGGGCCUUGCCUUCCUUGCCUGUAAGCCAUGAAGGAUCGGGAUACGCUUCACCAGUUGCGGCUAUGCCUACCUUCGGUGUGGAGCCGCCGAUGGAGGAUCUUGAGGAGUACUUCCCUGAUCAUUACGAUCAAGAAGUCGUCGACGAACUCUCGUCUAAGCAGCCUCGUGAGGUUGAGACGGAGUUGCCGUUGGAUACCCUGCCUCAACUGCCCGCUGACGAGGACCUUGACCUUCUGCCUGCCCUGCCCGAUAGCCGCGGCAGUUCUCCCGAUCUGGCUGUUUCUUUGCCAGUCGAGAACCACCAGGAGGUACUACAAGCUGACCAGUCUGAAAAGCAGCUUGACCUCUCGGAGCUUCCGGCUUUGCCUGUUGAUGAGGAUCUCGAACUUUUGCCUGGCCUUCCAGAGAGUAGGAACGAGUCGCCUGAGCCGCAAGUUGAGACUGUCCCGGCUGUCAUUCCCGAGCAAGCUGAGGAGGAGAAGGAGAAGGAGCAGGAACGGGAUUUGUCCAAGUUGCCACCUCUGCCUGCUGAUGAGGACUUGGAUGUCUUGCCUGCGUUGCCCGAGAGCAGAAACGAGUCGCCUGAACCUGAGGUCUCUCUACCCAUCAACACUCCUGAGCAGGCCGACCUGUCCAAGUUGCCAGCUCUGCCUGUCGAUGAGGACCUCGACAUCCUCCCUGCGCUCCCUGAAAGCAGAAACGAUUCUCCUGAGCCCCAACCUUCUUUGCCCAAGGCCAUCUCACCAGAGGUUCUCCCUCUUCCGGCUGACGAAGACUUGGAUCUUUUGCCUGAACUGCCGGAAAGCCGGGGUAGUAGUCCCGAUCAGGAGACUUCGCUUCCAGUGGCUGUACCUCAAUCCCCCAUCGCCGAGGAAGCUGUUAAGGAUGUCGCCGAAAUUCCUGUUGCUGAAAAGGACCUCUCUUAUCUGCCAGCACUUCCCGUUGACGAAGACCUCGAACUUCUUCCUGCCUUGCCUGACUCUCCUGCAGCUGACAACUUCCCCGAAGAGGAGGAGACGCAAACUACCUGGCAGCCCGAAGAGUUCACACAACCUGCUUGGGACGAGACGCAACCUACUCAGAUGUCUGAAAUUAGUGAAGAAGACUUCCCUGUUCCCGGCGUCAAGGUUGACGAGGUGUCUCGGGAUUUGGCCGAUCUUCCGGCUCUACCGGAAAGCAGAUCCAGCAGCCGUUCUGAGGACAUGGAGACGGCUCCGAGUCUCGAGGAUCCCUCGGAACUCCCGCCACUGCCGGAAAGCAGGGAAGAUUCUCCCGAACCAAAGUCCCCGUUGCCUGAUCUUGGUGGCCAGCCAGCUAAGGAGUCACUUGCCAAGCAGAUUGCGCCUAGUCAACCGUGGAAUGAGAGUGAGACUCAAGGUACAGAAAAUCCGUUCGAUGAAAGUUUGCCGAAAGCUAACAUUGAUUUUACAGACGAACCCCUCCCCGUCUCCAACGAACUCAUUGUAGGCCACGUCCGCCGCGACUCUUCCGAAGCCGCUCACCCAUCCGAUAUCUACGAAAAGCCAUCCUCCCACAACCAGGCCAAGUCCCCCAUGCUUAUCGGCAACAAUGACCCCAACGAGAUUGACUACAAGCUAGCCGAGACCAUCUACGAGGACAUGUGCGACGAGGAUGACGCUUCUACGGUGGCUGCAUCAGACGCUCCCAGUUUCUUGUCCGGCGCCAAUGCGGAACAGAAGGAGCAGAUUGCCAAGGCCCUUGCGGGCGACUCCGAGGCUACUUCUAGCUUGAGCCCGGAGAGCUCCUUUAGGGUGUUGCAGUAUCUGAAGAAGAGAGAUGCGGCAAUGAAGCAGGGUCAAACGUAUGAGGAGCCCGAGACGGUUGUGCCAGGCCCGUCGUCGCAGUAUGAGGACGAAGAGGAGCAAGUUCCACAGGAGAUUGAGGACGCACUGGAGUCUAUCGAAGAGCAGAGCAAGAAGGCCAAGGGAGUUUCGUUCGAACCUUCGGAUACUCCAACCGAGAAGCCUGACGUUCCUGAAGACGUACCUGCCGAUCACACCACAUCUGACCAAAGCACGCCUCGCCAAGAGCUCAGGAUCGGCAUUCCAGGCCCAAGCUCCAGGGUAGCCAACCUCGAAGCGGUCAACGAUGAGGUCGAGAAUAUUUCUGAUGCCGAAGCCCAAAAAGAUGAACUUCCCAAGACUUCGACCGACAAAGACAAGCACACCGAGUCUCGAUCGAAUCAGGAGGAGUCCAGCGGUGAACCCCAGCCCGCCAAUACCACUCAAGAAGACUCCAUUCUCGGAGGCGGUCUCGUCGCUGAGCCUGAGCGUCAGCGGCCAAUGAGAGUAGCCAGCCCUGAAAACCAGUGGGGCACGCUUGGCGACCUGGACGACUUGGAUGACGAAGAUGACGACGAUGUCAGCGAAUAUUCGCCCGGCGGUACUAAUUUAAAGAGGCACUCGCUGACUAGACUGCCGACGUUCCCUGGUGUUACGGCUUUCUUGGGAAGGAACUUUAGGAGCAAUUCGGCCCCGAGCCCGUCGGAUGUGCCGGUGCAAGACGAGAGGGAUUAUUAUUCGAGUGAUGAGCGGGAGAUGCUUGGGGAGGAGCAGCAGCAGCAUCAGCAGGAAGUAUCAGGGGAUGAGUUGGAGAAGAGGUUGGAGAAGGUGAAGAUGGAGGAGGAGGUGGAGGAUGAGAAGACUGAGGAGAAGACUGAGGAGGUUGAGGGUGCUGAUGAAUCGCAGACCGGACCGGAGAAACCGGUGGAAACUGAGCCGGAACCUGCACGAGAGCACAUCGAAGGUGAACCCAGCACAACUGAGAAGAAGGGUAAGAAAAAGAAACAGAAGAAGAAGAGAAACAAGGGGAAGGGCAAAGCCGACGUGGAGCCGGAGGCGCCAUUACCGACAACACAAGCUGACCUGGAGACAACAUUAGCACCUGAAGCCGAAGAGCCCAAAGAACGGGAGCCAGAUGCUGAACCCGCAAGCAAGCCAAAGAAGAGUAAGAAGAAGAAGAACAAGAAGAACAAGAGCGCCGCUGUUAGCAUCCUCGAGGAACCAACGAUUUCUGACACAGCAAAACCCACAGACGGACCCGGAGUCGACCGACACAGCACCUGGCCAAUGGUAAAGAGCGACGCCGCCUCAAGUGAAAAGAAGACAGCUCUGGAGAAUGAACCAAAAAUCCCGGCCCCUCAGGAAUUCAUGAACAAUGAAAACAUCACCCUUCCCGAGGAAAUACCUCUCCCAAGGAGCCGCGACCUCUCCCCUUGUGCCUCUGAGGAACCAACGGAGGAGACUGCCACCAUUGAGCGCGAACCAGAGCUAAGGACCCCCGCAACCAAACACGACGAGGCCACCACUGUCGAUGAAAAGCAAACGGCUACAGACGAGUUGGAUGAAAACGGCUCUGUAACACCCACUCCGCACUCGCAUGUCUCUGAUGACCACCAAGGGGAAUCACAGGGUGAUGCGGAACAAGGCGUCAAAACUGCCCCACCUGAGAGCAGCAACACCACUGAACCUCUGACAAGUGGUGCUGAGCAGCCAAUCAACCCUCAAGCCGAUAUUCCCAAGGAUAUGCAGCCUGCAGAAGAUCCCGUUCCCGUCGAAGCUGCCUUGGAAGGUUCGACGCAGCAAGGUGAAUCCCAGACCGAUGACAAUGACAAGCCUCAGGAGGAGCCAAAGGUAAAGGAGCAACUAGCUACAGUAUCGCCAGAUCUAGUUUCCCCGACAUCAGACACAUUCACGCCUAGAUUGCUGAGACGGUCAUAUCCUAAGAAGGAAAAGACCAAGGCCGGCAAGAUGUCCAACCCGGCGUCACCUACCAUGGGUGCAGGCUGGGGCAUUGCCAGCCCUCCCAGUAUGAGCUUAGACAAGGCCCUCGAAGCCGCUGACCCGUUCGCCGAUGGAGAGUUCGAACGGCGCAUGAGAACUGUCAGUGCGAACAGAGAAGCUGAGCGCUCAGCCAAGAUCGCCGAGAAAGAAAAGCUCGAGCGGGCGCUCUUCUUGCAACGCAGGUCUACCUUUGACGUUGGCGAUUCACCGACAUCAUCGCACACCAGUGUUGUUGGCUCGACUCAUUCCUCCGGGGCCGCAGAGACUGGUUCCAAUGCAGAGGAGAGACCGAUUUAUGCGCUCAAGAGGGCCAGUACCGAUAGAGCUGAGAAAAAGAAGAAGCUGGCUGCUGAGAAGAAGAGGAGCAAGAAGUCGGAUUGGCCGGAUGCGUGGCCGGAGGAAUUUGAUGAAGAGGCUACGAUGCCACAGGAGCCUGGGCAUCCAAGCAUGUGGCCAGAGCUGCACGGGAGAGCGUCACCGAGCCCGAUUAGAGGGCGGUCCGGCUAUAGGACGCCGACGCCGCUUGGGCAGCACAUCGAGGUGGGCCGUGCAAGUGGACAGACUGGUGAUGAUUCUGCUGACCAUGUUGGUGUUUUACAGGAAACUGAUCGCAGGUUAUCAGCGGGGGGAAACUCAGUGGGUCCAGACUCAUCACGUUCACGAUACAACAACAUGUCUGAUCCUUUCACUAUCGGCGGUGGACCUAAGGAUGUCCCUCCCCCUGAACCCAUCCCUGAGGUGCCUUCGAAGCCCAUUCCUGAUGUUGGCUCCGAUACUGCCACCCCUACCUCGGAGGCCAACAAGGAGCUUGGUGGUACUGUGAGGGCCUCUGGCAAAAAGGGCCGCAAGAGAAGAAACUCGUCUCUAGCUGUCGCUACCGACAAGGAAGAGGACGUCGAUGCCAACAACUCUGAGGCUGAACAAGGUGACUUGGAUACUCAGCCCUCUGGCAGUGCGCCUGGCAAGAAGACCAGAAGGAACAGGAGAGGACGGAAGGGCAAAGACAAAUCAACGCCUUCCUCCCCUUCCGUUGAUACUGAGGAAGCCGAGGACCAGGAGGCCUCGGAUGGUGAUGAGGAGCCCUCCUCUUCUGGCAGUUCGCAAGACGCCAAUGCUGGCGCUGCCGGCGAUGCGUCUGGGAAGAAGAGGAAGAACAGGAAGAAGGGAUCCCAGGCUUCCUCCGGUCUUAUGAGCCCGCCUCUGGAGCCGAACGCUGAGGUUGCCCAGCUCCAUGCUCAGCUGGCUCAACUUACCGAUCUGGUUCAACAACUGGUUGUCGAAAAGACCAGAAAUUCUUCAGCGGACCAGGGUCGCAGUAGGCGAAACUCCAGUGUUACUAAGGGUAACCCCAAGAUUCGCAGGACGUCCUCCGGAGGAGGUGUUGGCGACGGCGAGGCUCAUUACGACAGUGACGGCAAUUCCAUCCACGACGAAGACGAAGAGCUCGACGACGACGACGACGACGACGCCGAGACGGGAGCAGCGGACGAGACGACCAAGGCGAAGCGCUUCAUGGGCGUGCCUUACCGACGCGGCAGCAAGUCCAAGUCAGACAAGGGCGAAAAGGGCGACAAGGCCAAAGACAAGCAUCAACAACAAGUAGGCGAAGAUCCAACCUCUGAGCUCGAACAUGCAGUCCUCAAGACUACUCCAAGGGAGGAAGAUGAGCAGACUGGCAACUCCCCCCAAAUUCGUGACGUUACCGCAGCUGACAACGAACGCACUCAACAAGAGCUCUUCGCAAUCGACAACGUCAACGUCAACCUGGGGUUGAAUUCGCUCUUGGGCAGCAAGUCGUCAUCGAGCGCCAAGGAGAUGAGCACGCAGACGAGCAGUCCGGAGCCGAGCCCGCGGAACAGCUUCAGCAAGGACGGGGAGGAGGACGUUCCGGCCGAGGACAGACCGCCGGACCCGUCCAAGUACCCGCCGUCAGCCAGCAAGCCGGUCAAGAGCAAGGUGCGCCGAGCAAUGAGCGGCUUGUCGAGGACGAGGGGCGCGCCCAGUCUGGAACAGAUUCCCGAGACGGAGUUCGAGGACUCGGAGCUGGAGGACGGGGCGACUUCGCCUCCGCCGAAACCGGGCAUGAUCAAUCGCGCCAUGACGGGCAUGAAGAGUCUGGACAAGCUGGACUUCAGGAAGCCGAGGGCGUCGUCGGUGGGUGGGGAGACGGAUCAUCACAGACCCGCGACGGCGACGGAUGCGGAGUCGGAGUCGAUCAAUCAGGAGACUGCGUCGAUCACGCAACCGAAGGGGUCGUCGGCCAUGAUGAAGAGGGCGUUUUCGGGCAUGAUUCCUACCACGUCCAAGCCACGAGCGAGCUUGGAUCAGCAGUCCGAGACAGAGUCGAUUUCCGGAUCCACCAGGCCGAGCAUGAUGAAGAGAGCCGUGUCCGGAAUGAUUCCGGGAGCGUCGAAGCCACGGUCGAGCAUGGACUCGACGGCAGAGCACUCGGGCGAGCGCAAGAUGAGCAUGGGCUCGGCGUUCAAGAACUUCAGCAUGACGGGCAAGACCCGGGAACAGUCGAGGACACGGGAGCCGACCAGUCGGGGACCGAGCAUCGAUCUAAGCCCACAGGAGACGGACAGCAUGGAAAUCAGUCCGCACGAGAGUCCAGCGUUGAGACCCGAAGUGUCGCCGGAUCCACACCCGCAGCCGAAGCCGGGAAUGAUGAAGCGAGCGUUGACGGGCAUGAACCCAGCCGCCUCACAACGGCCGGACAUGGCGGAGCGCCGCGAAUCCGAACCGGUUCUGGAGAAGGAGAAGCACAAGACGCUCGACCGGCUGACGUUCGGUAUGAUGUCAAGGUCUCACUCGACAUCAACGGGCAUGGGUACGCAGACUCCGGAUUCGGGGUUCAACAGCGCCGAACAGGACGUGCUGGAGCCAUCGAGACCGGGAUCUGGGUCGGGGUCUGGAUCAAGCUCGAUUCAUCACCACCAUUCGCAGCACUCGUCGGAAAAGAGCAAGACCAACAAGACGAUGAAGAUGCUCGGGUUGGGCGCCUUCACAAAGAAGGACAAACACGCGGAUUUGGUGGACACGCCGCCGGAGAUGAGCAGACCGGGUUCGUCCGGGUCGUAUCAGGCAACGGCCGCCAGCAAGCCCAGCAGGAUGGAUCGGACGAUCUCCGGGAUGGGCAUGUCCAGACCCAGGAAGAGUAUAAGCCAAGAGACCCCUCCCCCGGACACGGACUCGAGACCGGGAACUGGAUCGUCAAUGCAGCCGCCACAGCAGCCGCAGUUCCCGGUGAGACCGGAUCCCAGCCCGGCGCCCAAGUCGAGAAUGGCCAGCUUCAACAAGGUGAUGACGCUGGGGCUGAUCAAGGACAAGAGCGACAAGACUCCUACGCCCAGCCACCACGAGCCGGACACAGCGACGCAGACGCCCAUGGAAUCGUCGGCGAGCGCGCACUCGAAUGGGUCGAGGCCGUCGAGCUGGAACAGCAAUCAGUUUCCCGAGCAACUGAUGCCAGAGGGAAAGCCGAGCAAGUCGCAGACGAGAAUGGGAAGAGCGAUGUCUGCGCUGAGCAUCCCGACAGGCAGCAGGACCAGUGUCUCCCAGGAGAGACCGGCAAGCUCACACCCGGAGACAACGACCAGUGCCAACCUGACGGAGCCGACGGACGUGACGGACGCGCACUCGCAUCACAGCCAUCACUCGAAUCAGACGACGACGACCACUACCACGACGACAGACAAGAAGGAAAAGUCAAAGAUGUCCUUCAAGAGCGUGGUCACCCUGGGCAUGGCAAGCAGCCAUCGGUCCUCGAGCAGUCGGAGACACAGCGUCGAACACUCGUCCCAGACGCAGCCGCCAGCGAUACAACAGCCGCCCGUGAUGCCCAAGCUGGAACUGCCCAGCUUUGGACUGGGCGAUUCCCUACUGGGAUCUCCACCGGGGACAUCGUCGGGUCUGGGAACGCUCUCCCCGCCAGCGACGUCAUCGGGUGCUCCUCCUCCUCCGCUGGGGGGAUCGGUAUCAGCGCCGGGAACGUCGUACGGGUUCCCGAACGUGGAGACACCGUCGUCAGAGAGACCACCAAAGGAUCCGGAGACGGCGAGCAUGAUGAAUCAGCCCAAGCCGGGGAUGUUGGCGAGAACGAAGACGGCGAUGAGCAUAGGGAGUCGCAAGGAGUGGAGGGACGAGUCGGAGACGACGGGGAUGGGAGAGGAGAAGAAGGAGAAGAAGGUGAUGAGCACGAGCGCCAAGGCAAAUUGGAAUCGGGCGCUGAAGGGCACGAAGGGGGUGGUGGGCAUGGGAAUGUUUAUGAAGAAGGACAAGAAGGAGAAGGACAAGGGGGUUUAG